GCCUUGUAGCCUAUUAAAAAGUUGUAUCCGCUAACUUGUUGCAUUAGUUUGGACCUCUAAAUUAACUUAUAAAUUUGAACUCAGCUACAUGGAGCAAUGACAAAUGUACAAUUGGAACCAAUCUAAAUAUAGGAAUAACAUAUUCUAAAAAUUAACCACAAAUUACAAUAGAGGUACCCCUCCAUAUCAUGCACCCUGAAACAAAGAAUUGGUCAAUUGCAACCAAAAGAAAAAACCCUAUUUUCAGAAACUAAAAUAUAUCCCAAAAAUUCCUUCCACAAAGUCCCCAUAAAUACUCCACAAACUUCUCCUUUGCCUUCAUCCCUCCUUUAAAAAUAAAUAUUGGUAUCCUUCUCAAAUAAUUUGUGUAAAAGAAAAAGAAAUAAAUAAAGAAAAAUCAAAAGGACAACAAAUAUUGUUGGGAGUUCUCUCUUCUAUCUCAUCUCCUUGAGAUAGAAAUCGGAAGUCCCUCUAUUUGUUGUUAAAGAAAAUUCUGUUUGCAUUCUUCUUUUAGACAAAAAAAAAAACAUAGUUUUUUUCCCAAGAACAUCAAAAUGGUUUUCAGCGGGACAACCGACAAAUGCAAGGCAUGCGACAAGACCGUUCACUUCAUUGACAUGGUAACUGCCGAUGGGGCCUUUUAUCACAAGAACUGCUUCAGAUGCAGCCAUUGCAAUGGCAAACUUGUGAUGGGAAACUACUCAUCCAUGGAUGGAGUUUUGUACUGCAAGACUCAUUUUGAGCAAUUGUUCAAGGAAACAGGAAGUUUCAGCAAAAAUUUCCAAACAUCUGGAGAAAAGAAGAACGCCCAGGGAACAACUCCGAACAAGGUUGCUUCCUUGUUCAGUGGCACCCAAGACAAAUGUGCCACCUGCCACAAAACUGUCUAUCCGUUGGAGAAGAUAUCAAUGGAAGGAGAGUUCUACCACAAGACGUGCUUCCGAUGCGCCCACGGCGGCUGCGUGCUGACUCACUCUUCCUACGCCGCCCUCAACGGCGUGCUCUACUGCAAGCACCAUUUCGCCCAGCUCUUCAGGGAGAAGGGCUCUUACAGCUACAUCAACAAGAAGAGCGCCGCCCAAGCCGUCGAGGGAUUCAAAUCUGAAGGCGAGGAAGAGCACAACCAGGACGACGACGACGAUGAGAAGUCGGCCACGCCAAGGGCACCACCGGCGGAAGAAGAAGAAGCCAAAGAGGAGCCUGUUGCUCAGGAGCAGUAGUAGACUCUCUCUGCAUUUAACAUUGAAAAUUGAUUACAGAGAUGACAAAUUGCUUGAUUUGUAACUUGGGUGUUCGUUUUCUACUUUUCAUUUUUUUUUUUAACACAAUUUUUUUUUUUGUUGUUGAUUCUUUUCUAUGAUCAUGUAAUAUUGAUCUUCAUCUUCGCUAAUACGAAAAUUGGUGCCUGGAAUCUGACUCAGAUGCAAAUUAAUCAGAUAAGAGCUU